AUGCUCACACUCUUUUCAGAUCAUCAGCAUGACAUUAAGCUCCGGACCAUGUCAUGGCACAAGACGGCUUGUCUGCUUGCAGGCGAGCAAGUUUGCCUGGCCAUUAUGGCUCAGUCCUGGUCUCUCUCUGUUUUGGGAUGGGUUCCUGGAAUCAUCACCAUGGUACUGUGCUGCAUUCUGUUCUGGUUUACCUCGAUCACAAUGCAUAAGUACAUCAUGAAGUAUCCUCAAAUCAAGGACAUCUGUGAUUUUGGAUACUAUGUCUUCGGGCGCAGUAAGGCUGCCUACGUCUUUUCGGGCUUCAUGCUCCUCGCAAACAAUAUCAUGCUGAUCGGAUUCCACAUCCUCACCGGCGCAAAGGUUCUGAACACGCUUUCGGACCAUUCAAUGUCUGCCUGUAUGGGAAUCGCCAUCUUGCUCUUCCUCGUUUUCGCUGGAAUUGAGAAAGCCCCACUGUACGGAUACCAUGGAAACUACCCGGCUGAUGGGCCAGUGAAAACAUAUGCGUUUCCCUUGCCCGGCACAACUUGGGUUGCAUGUAUGAAUGCCGUGCUGAACAUCACCUUCCUCUGGGUUCCCCAGAUUCUGUUCCCAACUUUCAUCGCCGAGAUGGAGAAGCCCCAAGACUUCCCCAAAGCAUUGGCUGUUUUGACCGCGAUAUCGGCAGUCUUAUUCAUCGUGCCUCCUGCCAUCGGAUUCCGAUACCUGGGACAGUACGCCACGGCACCAGCGUUUGGUAGCUUGGGGGUGACUUCAUACAAGAAGGCUUCUUUCGGCUUUGUGAUAGUUCCGACCUUGAUAAUCGGUGUCAUCUAUGCGAAUGUCACGGCGAAGUUCAUAUACACCUGGGUGCUGGGCAACUCGCGUCACACGCACAGUCACACUGUGACUGGAUGGGGUGUUUGGGUAGCCAUCAUGGUGGGCAUUUACCUGCUUGGAUACAUCUUCGCCGAGGUCAUCCCCAGCAUGGGCGAUUUCCUUUCUCUGCUCAGUGCGACAUUUGAUUCCUUCUUUGGCUUCAUCUACUUUGCAAUCGCCUAUUGGCAGCUCAACCGUGGCCAAUUGUUCAGUAGCCUGGGACGAACCAUCAACACGGUGUUCAACGUUUUCAUCUUCAUCGUUGGGCUCUUCGUCUUGGGUCCUGGACUCUACGCUGCUGUCGAGGCUAUUAUUGCCGACUAUUCGGGCUCUACUACUCCAGCCUUUACAUGUGCUAACAUGGCCAUCUGA